GGCAACAGAUAAAACCGCACUAUGUAAGCUCACACACAUAAAAAUGAUGACCUUACUAAUUGAAAUAACUGUCAGAUCGUUUAUUUUCUCACCGGACAAUGUGUUCCACCAGGUUGGGACAAGUGAAAUAUUACUAUAAAUCAUAAAGAAUAGAACACAAUAUCCCAAUUUCAGGGAAGACGCUAUAAAAAAUAUUGGGGUUUUGGUGACAUUUCCCCAAAGUUUCCCCAGAACCCAAUUACAUUUAAGUGUAAACCGUCUUUAUUUAUUGAUAAAACCUCAAAAUGUUUCGUAAUUCUGGGGAAUUUUCCGUUUCUUCACAAUAUUUCACUGAAACUUUGUGGAUUUCUCUAAUAUCCACCCAGAAUCUUAUUACACUUUUGGGAAAUUUUAAUUCAUUUUAUGAUAAAACCCUAAAAUCUUCGAUAAUUUUGAGUACAUUCUCAAAAUGUAACGUGGUAACGUAAUAUUUCUACACAAUUUUCGGUAGAUAUCACUGAAAAUCCUGGAUAUCUCAUAAUUAAUACCCAAAAUGUUGUACUCAUGCAUUCCAUUUUUUUCCUGUCAACUUUGUACAGUAAACGCAUGCAUUACCAAAGCAUUUAAACUAAAAUUGUUUACGAGAACCGAUCUAUCGCCGUAAUUAAAAGAAUGAUUCGUCACAAAAUUUAAAGUUCAUUAAAAUUGAAUAAAAUACAAAUCAUUCAGUAAUAGAUAACGCAUUUCAGUUUCUUAUAACCGAUCGUGUUUUUUCGGAGGAAUACGUUAGGUAGACGUUGAACUUUCAUUCACAAUAUUCUACAAAAAGAAAAGAAGUAAGUUUUUAGCAAAUAAACAACUGUUGUGGCAAUCAUUCAACUCACGGAUCCUGAAUGUUAUGUAAAAGGUUGAUGGCGAACCAACAGCAUAACAAUAUUGUAUUCUGAGUAAAAAACUUACAGUUUCGUCUGUUAACCUUUGCGAAGCCAGCUGAAACUAAUAUGGACAUGAAAAAAUUAUUUCAGUAUAAAUCUUUAUCAGAAGCUAAUAUACAAACAGAAACCGGUAUUUAAUAGCAGAUCUAAAGUGCAUUUAGCUCAGUAACGUCUCGAAACAUGUUUUGUCCUGCUUAUUUGGUAACUGGGUCAUGAACAGUCUCGAAACGUGGAUAUAAGUUUCAUACAACCUAUGAAGAGGUUGAGAGAUUAUAGUAAACGUAAACUCAGUUGGGAUUCUAAAAUAUUUCGGAAAUACUAAAGGUUUAACCUUCCGUAAUUUCAGCAUUUUUCUUUAAACGGUUUAGAUUCACACUCUUUUGAAACAACAGGUAAAACCGUAUUGUAUAUGCUCAGCUGAUUCAUCGACAGUGUGUUCAACACAAAAGAAGGAAGCUUUGCUAUUUUUGGGGAGGUUAUGUUAAUAACAGUUUUCAUUAACAUAGUUGUCAUCAAACAGUAACGUGUAAAGUGAAGGUAAAUAUUCGUUUGGAUAUUAGUUUUAAUUUUUAAUUCUAAAUAUAUUUUGUCAGUUCUAAAGCAACCAUAUGGUUCCUUCUUUAUGACUCAGCAUAUCUGUAAGCUGUAGGUAUUAGUUCAGUUUAUACCGUAAGUUCAUAAUUAAUAGCAUAAAUGAAUCAAAAUUUAGGCUGGGAUCUUUAUGAACUAUCAUAAAGCAAUUUCACACUGUCACAAUGCAAUGUAAGUCUCCAGCAACUCAAACGUUCUUCACUUAAAAAUUCCUCACUCCAUUGUAACACAAAACAAUGAGGCGUUAUUACUAGGCUGCCGUUUACUGAUUAUUCUUUCUGGCACCUAGAAAUAUUACAAUUUCUUUUAUUUAUUGCACAGCGUUUUAGCUUUAAAAAUAUGAUACACAUCUGUAAAAUCAAAUCAGUCCUUUGAUGAAUUCUUUGGUGACCACGAUAUAAAUCUUAAAACAAGUUCUCAGUUCGUUUAAUUUGAUAUUAAGGAACUAGCAAAGUGGAAUAACAGUAUAGAAUCUGCUUCUAAAAUAAUGUAAACUUAGAAGCAACUCAUAUUUGAGCAAAGAAAAUAGGUAAUUUUACUGCCCUGGUACGAUCGAGAGUGAGGAGUGUCGGCUCUCUCUUUCUCUAAAUGCUCUCACGUGUCCAUGUACAUCCAUCCACUGCCAGGGAAGUCCUAAUCACUGCCUUCUCGUGGCAAAGCUGUUGUUUAUGAAAUUAGGAGGACGGAAAGCGAAUGUUCAGUGCUUCAAUCGGGUUAGUGGACACAGAGAGUCCAUCUAGGGGAGUUGGAAAACCAUGGUUACAAACUAAUAUGUGCACGUGGGCGCCAGGAUCCUGAAGAAACAAAUGGCGUAUGAGCCAUCCAUGGGACUACAUCUCCUGACGUUGCUCCGUUGCCAGGUGGAUUGAACCUGUGAAUGUGACUCCCUAAAAAAGCCAUCUACUUCCGUUUGGGCACCCGGGCAGUAUCCUAGCCCUCACACAAAUCGAAUGAUUUAUGUGGUGCAUAUUUAUCUGUUGCCUUCUUGUACCAAUGUUUAUGUGUUUAAAUGAAAUAAUAAAAUAAAAACAACAAUAUGUAUCAUGAUAACGAUUUGUGAACUUGAAAUAAGAUAACAAAAUACUAAUAAUCCCAAUAAGUCUGGAGCUUCGACAAGACACAAACAAGAACUCAGAUUUGAUGUACGUAGGAUGGAAUUGUUUUGUACGGUUGUGGUAGAUUUGAAUGCAACAUAAAACAUUUGAUUUUACAGUAAAUGUAUUGGUUAUUCACCUCAAGAUGGCUAGUUUUUUGUUUAAUUAUUUGAUUUAUUCAAUUCAAAAUGGCAUUCUUAAUUUCAAACGCUAUUUACUAGUUAUGCAGGUAAGUUUCAAGUAAAAGUUGUUAAAUUUAUCGUAAUAAUUGCACCAACUUAAAAUGACUCCGAAAAUUUGCUGAAAAAAUGUCUUUAAAGAAGUUUAUGAUUAUGAAUUUGUAUCGCUCAUACAAUUACUGGGAUCUUAUUUUUGUUUUGUUUUUGUCAGACAAAGCCAUUCCUUUCAGAACGUAAAAUGUAAAAAAUGUUUGAAUGGCAUGUCAUUAGUCAUGUAUUAUGCCAGCGUUUUAUUUAAAAAUAAUUUUAGUAAUCAUUUCUUUUUUGAGAUACAUUUUAAAGAUCCACUUUCAUUUUCCAAUCAAAAUUUCGGUUGACCAAACAUCGGAAUCCAGUUAUCGUCUUUCUCAAAAGCUUUUUUGAUUCAUUAUUUACACAUAAAGUUAGCUAAGUAACAUAGUGUACUGAUAACUACACAUAUGAAAUGAUGAAAUACGAUGAUGAAGAAUUUUUAAAAGGGAGUUUUCACCUGCUCUUCCAAAAUUAUUUGAAGACAAAUGAAGAGGAAAAACACAAAAUGUUCCAUCUAUUUAGACAGACACCAAUCGAUGUAUUAUCUAUGGAAUGGCUGAUAUCAGAACCAUGUACUAUCGAAGCAAGAGCUUAUCUAAUUGAUAAUAUUUUGCCUCAAGUUGUUUUGGGUUUAGAAUUUAUCUUAAAAGAAGCAACUCGAAGAAAUCUAAUCACACGCGACCUACUGGAUGAAACAAAUUAUCGAGCAGGAUUAGACAGAAAUUUCAAUCCUGUUAACCGAUUAGCUGAAUACUUAAUGCGUAAUAACCAUAAACAUAAUCAUUUUAGCGAAUCUUCACCUUAUGUCAGAGGGUUAAGAUAUACACUGACCAAGUUGCAACAAGAAACGUUUAUACAGUCAGGAAACCAGCUGGCUAAAGUGAAGCUAAGUGCUGAUGUCAGACGAACAGAGGAAAAACAAAAAGAAUUAAAGACCAAAAAAGAAUAUGACGGACAAAUCGCUAUAAUUUCCUCGAUCUGUGACAGUUUGAUAUCACCUAAAAAAAAUUCUACAAGUGCAAAUAUGAUAGAAGAUGUGGUACUUACAUUCAUGGAACUAACUAGUAUACUACCGGAAGAAAUGAAACAAUGCUUAGUGCAAACUUUUAAAACUCAAAUAAAUAAAGACUAUCAGACAUUUUAUGACAAAAAACAAUUUGUUAAGUGUCUCAUGGUAUAUGCUAGAUUGAUGUCAACUGAUGCUUUCGAACAGUUUACAGAACAUCUAAGACUUUGUACGGUAGAAUUUCGUAAAGCAGAGAAAAGAGAAGAGCGACGGGAAUUAUUGAAAAGUUGCUUCCGUACGUGUGAUUUAGACCAGUUGGAUGAAUUAUCUCAUGCACAAGUUUUUCAACGGUGUGAAGAUUACUUUGAUGCAUGUCAACAAAUUAUCAAAGACAAGAUCCAUGAUCCAAGAGAUUGGUCUACAAAAGAAUAUCACUUGAAGAUAUCUGUAACAGAACCUGUUACAACUAUGGAAACAAAUGAAUGUCCAUCUUCAUCUAAAGUUGAUGAUGAUAACAACGUAAAGGACAAACAACAUUCUGUACUAAUCUACAAUGAAAAUAGCUCAGAUAAUGACAUUCAACAUGAUAACAGUAGCUCAUUACAACUAGGUACUCGGCAGCUAGACGAAAUUACUAUCUUUCCCACUCAGUCUAAUAUUAAAGAUCAAUUGAUAAAGACUUGUCGACUGGCCGAUACAUCUGGCAUAACACAAAAUCAGUUUAUCAGUAUUAUGGAAUUUAUAAUACCAGAAACUGCUCCUUUGAAAAUUUUUAAUAAUUGUUUAACAUAUUUGAAAAGAUAUGAAGCUUCAGCUGAAGAACGUGAGGAAAGAAAACUUCAGCAUUUCCAGAAGACUUCAAUAAUGAAAAAACAUCAACUACUGAACAAAAUAUUCCACACAUUAGAUCAAGAAUGUUCUGGAAUAUUAAACCUUAAGAAAAUUGAAGAUUUUAUAUCAAAUUAUGAAGAUGGAUUUUAUAAGGCUCAUUUGAAACAAGCUAAGUCAGAUUUAGCUUCUAACAUUCAAUCGACUGCAAGGUCUUUUUCAAUGUCUAAUGAUCAGGUAACUUCAAGUUCUACAUUUACCAGCAGUUUAAUAUCAUCAUCCGAGACUUUUAGUAGUCCAUCAUAUAUUCAAAGCACAGUUAAUCAAUUACAAAAUUUACAUUAUUACCAUUAUCCAGAAAAGUCAGUUGAAAUAAAUAUCACUGAGUUCAAAAUUCUAUUAGAUCACAUAUUUUGGCCUAAAAAUAAUCAAUAUCUGAUUGGUCAUGAUGAGUUUAACUUCAGUUGUUUGGAAAAGUUUCUUAACUACUUAAAAGAAAAAUUAAUACAAACUAUACCUGAGAAAAUAAGAGCACAAAUUCGACGAGAAUGGAUAGAGAAGAUUUUAUCAGUUUCACUGAAUACAUUUGAUAAUUCAAUGGAAUUAGUUUAUAAAGCCGUUUUCCAGACACUCAUAAAAGAUACAAUAAAACAUGGUGCACAAAAGCAGAUCAGUGUUAACAUUGCAUUACUUUAUCCAACAGAAACAACAAAUGAUGCAUUGCCUUUCGAUACAAAUAUACAAUCCCGUUUACAAUAUGUAGCAGCCAUACCAGAAUCGGAAGCUGAAAUUCUGCUUGAUCAUUGUCCACAGGGAAAUGAAUCCGAUUUAUUGUUCAAGUGUUUAAGAACUGGUUUAACAUUGGUUCAUUCUGAAAUGUCAAGAAUGAAAAGAUUUUCACUUAUCGAAAAUAAGUCACAUAACAUGUCAGUAUGUACUGAAACGAACACGGAACAAAGUUAUCAGUCACCUUCAUUCGCUCUUGCCAUACCAAUACCCUCUGCUAAAAAAUACUUUAUCGGAGUAAUGAAAGUAAACAAAUUGAAAAAUAGCAACCAGCUACCAAAGUUUGAAGAACAUGAAAUUCAGUUUUAUCGCGGUGUAGCUUAUCAUCUGGGUUUUGCUUUCUCGCUUGUAAAUAGUCGAUACUUAUUCAGUUCCAUGAUACAUGAUGCGUUCGACUGGAUUUAUAAACGGCUAGGCAAUAUUGAUGAAAUUGCAUUUUACCACCGAUGUAAUGAUGAUGAAAACGAUGAUGGUGGUGAUGUAAAUCAUUCGACGACAAUAGAUUCGACAGCGGAGAAAACAUAUCUACCUAGCAAAGAGGUUAAUUAUAAAUUACGCAAACUUGUAUCAAAACAUGGUAUUCACCAAACAACAGUUCAUACUGACCUAUAUGUUAUCACUAAAAAGAAAAACCACCUAUACUACUACCUGUUCGACGUACUACAAUCUGGAUAUUCAUUAGUGAAUUGCGUACUUGGUCGAAAACAUUAUACAUUUCCAUUUACUGAUUGCAAUAAUAAAGUGAUCGGUGUUAUUGAUGUGCGUUGUUUAAACUUCCUUAAUAAACAUGAAUUAGAUUAUUUACAUAAAAGUUUAACACAUUUUCAAGAAGGUUAUGAACAGUUAGUGAACUAUACAGGUGUAGAUACAUAUGGUCAGUAUAAUAAUGCAGACGAAUACAAUACUAUAUCAAAAAACCAAGAAGAAACUGAAAUUAAUUCACAAAUUGAAGAAGUCAAAUCUGACUGGAUAGAUGAAAAUAACAAAUUUAUACCUAAAAUUAUUGUGAAAAAAUUAGCAAAAAUGGAACUGAGUCUUCUAACUUUAAAGAUUGAUAAAGAUCUUUUCAGAAAUAUAAAAAUAUAUGAAAUACAACUUUGUGAUUCUGAAAUUUAUCUACUCUGGACCGUCCUCUUGUUAUUGAAUCGUUCUCAAGGAGAUGAAUCCUUGAAUCAGGAAAAUAUUUUCAAACUUUCAGAUUCAAUGAUGGCUGGUAUUCAUGAAUGGAUUGUAGAUUAUGAUCCAUUCGUUGGUGAACAACAGCUAUUUACUUCACAAAAAUCGCGGUUAAAUGAAAUCUAUGAAAAAAUUUCAAGUGAACAAUUAAAACAAUACUCAUGUAAAUCAAUGAUCAAUUUGUACGAAUGGCUGACAUUGUGCAUGAUUGUCUGGGAAGAAAAUCUUCCUAUGCAUUAUGGAUAG